AUGGACGAGAUACAGCCGCCGAUUCUCGAUAGAAUCAGAGAGCUCAUCUCUCCAUUCACCUUUGCAGAAUUAGAACAUGAUUUUUUAUUCGACGUUAAAGACCGUCAGUGUUUUGGCAAGACCAAGUCCUCGGACGGCGAACGAUGCUACAAUCUGCUGCCGAAAACAGGCGAACGAGGCUCGAAGCUCAUGAGUAGCGUUUCCAAGUUGAAAGUGCUGGCCAAGGCCUACGAGGAGAGCUGGGAUGAUAAUGAAGGACACGGAACUUUCCCAGUUGACAAGUUCUGUGCACGUCUCGUUACGUGCAUCGAUCUCCAGUAUUGUCGCCUCCACAAGAGCAAGCCAAUAGCAGCGGUGGAGGCAUUGCAGAAGAGGUUGCAUGCGUUCUAUCAAAACCGAGCGCAAAGCAAAGACUCUGAUGGCGACACUGAUGACGACGCUUCUUCGGUAAAGUCCGCCGCCGGUGAUGAUUUGCGCCGCCUGACGGAAACACCGACCCGUUCGUCCACUGUCACGCCGAAUACCACGCCUCAGUCGAGGAGGGUCAAAAAGGUCACAUUUCCACCCAAGAGCACGCGUGGCGCAGAAAGCCAUGAGGGCGGCAUGAGUCACGCGCUGGAAGGGGUAGAGGACGAUGAUCCCGCCCCUCCUUCAACACCAACUCCUAGCCACAGGCAGCGGAAAAUAUCUGUGACAGCUUCACGUUUGCAGCUGAAUUCCGAUCAAACGAAGCGACAGACACCGCAAAGGCAAGAGAAGCAAGAGAAGCAGAAGGCACAGCAGCAGGAGCAGGGGACACAGAAACCGCAGGAGGAGUUACUCCAUGAGCAUCCACCAGCAUUGGAUGGAUCAAAUAUUGCCAACGAGAGACAAGAACCCCAGGGUGAAUCAAGUGUCCCGGCACCCAACCAGUUAUCUCCUGUUGUGGCUGCGCCGAGCGAAUUCGAAUUGCUCGCGGAAAAGGUCGAAGACAUUUUGACAGUUUCUUCUUCUCCUCUCCAGCAGGCGGAUUAUCUGCCGCUGCAUCCCGACCACAUGUGCUGCAGAAGCAAGGACAUUCGACCGGAAAACUACGAGGACUGCUACAUCGGAACCAACUACAUCAACAUCAUCAGGAACAUGCAGACUGGGUACGCACACUACAAAAAAUGUUUCGGUCGGAUCUAUGUGCUCCGCAGCGCUUCGCGGUGCGGCCUCUUCAAGAUUGGCUUCUCGGAGAGAGACGACUUAAUGAAGCGCUGGGAGGAGGUACCUUGCAGCUGGGAGGCAGUCAUGGACGGUCGGGGGGCCGUGUUUGUGAGCGAGACUGCGUUUCCAGGUGCCCAUAAGGUCGAAACCCUCGUGAAAGCAUCUCUUCGACAUCGGCAGAUGAGCGGUCCGUGCGACUCGUGCCACAGCUAUCACUGCGAAUGGUUCCGCGUCGAAGAGGAUGUCAUCCUUGCCUGGGUGCAUGCAUGGACGGCGUACGUGACAUCCGAAAUCUACAGCGCGACAGGACACCCAACAGGGGCGUACGACGAAUUUGCCCACCAGCUGUGGUGUAUCACACCAAAACGCAUCCAUGCGAUGGUUGACAACAUACCGCCACCGCUACCACAACCACGGGCAGACGCUGAGGCGACGACACCCAACUCGGUUACCGCUCCGGGCGCACCGCCUGAUAAUGGCAGCGGCAUCGGCAGCGGGCGCCGCCGCACAAACGAAGCGCCGCUGCAGCCCAAGCCAAUGCCAAUGGUGGUAGCAGCAAAAACCGUUAAGCGAGUCGUGCGCAAAGCCAUGACCUGGGAUUCGGCGAAGAGCUCCCCUUCAACGAUGGGGUGGGAGGAAGAAGGACAAGGCUUUACUGUGGUGGUCGAGGAGGUAGAAGAGCUCGGGGAUCCAGACGUUACGGAUGGCCGUCGACGUAGCAUCCGCAAAACGCAAAAUGCGUCGCAGGUUGCUUCACAAGUGACGUCCCAGAUCCAGUCGAGCAUUUCUGGGAUUGUGAAUUGGAGAGGGUGGACGUCGAAGCGGUCGUAG